AUGGGAAAUAUUGGAGAUACCGAGUUUGAACACCUUAUCCUGGAGAAGCUCCCUGGAGUAACGUUAGAGAAGACCUGGCCGGCGUUGGAAGCUCAAGAAAAGGCGAGGAUAGCAGACGAGGUAGUCGCCCUUCUGGGGGAGAUUCGAAAGCUGCAUUCUCCGCACAUUAAAACAGCCUUGCUUCAUCGAAAAGCGCUUCGACCCCAUAUUAGAGACAUUGCAGGGUUUAACCAAGAAAGGUUUGGCGAAUUUUUGAACAAUGAGCAUAUUUCUAAAUAUGUCUCGGCCAGAACUGAUUGUUUACAUUCCAUGUCAAAUGUGCUGUCUCAUGGUGACUUGGACUGGAGCAAUAUACUAGUGGCUGACAAGACGGUCAGUGGUAUCAUUGAUUGGGAAUGUAGUGGCUACUUCCCAGAAUAUUGGGAGUGGGUAGGCAUCAAACGGUUCUCAGAAACGCUAAAGUCAGAUGAUUCUUGGUUUCAAUUAUUGGAACGCAGGAUGAGGCCGCCCAAAUGCACACAAAGGGAGGGGAUGUGGGAGCUAGAGAAGUUACACAAGGCCCUUGGACAAUACAAGCAAUGGGGAUUAAUACCAGAAGAUCGACAGGCGAAUCGCGCUCGUGGUUGGGAUGAGGUUUGUAAGAUAGUUGGACUUGGCUUUGAGUCUGCCCCUCCUAUCGAUUAUGCGAUCUCAACUGUACAUCCAUGGUGGAUUGAGAACCGUGACGAGUAA